CGCCGCUGUCUGGUCUCCUCAUUAAGUUGGAGUGAUUGACAGAUAAUCAGUUUGUGUUGACUUGGCGCUGCUUGCUAUUAGGGCGAUGUGAGUUUUGUUUUUUCUCCUUGCUAGUUGAGCUGUUAGGUGAUGACUGAAGCAGAGGGUUCAAGGUUAAAAAGACACCAGCCACUACCAUCUAUGUUUCUUCUUCUGAGUUAUUACAUGAAACAUGGCUAAAGGGUUGUUUCCCAGGGCACUGAUUGAAUUUUUUUUUUUUUACAUUGAGGCCUUGUCUACACUACUGCGGAUAGUUAUGAAGCAGAUAUUUUCGCCUGUCUACACGACUUUUCGUUCUCCAAAAUAUAGAUGAGAACACAAAAAAGCAGGGGGGGGGGGAGGAUUUGGUGGGCGUCUUCCUUUGGGUUUUCCCCAUGCAGCUGCAGGGGAACAGAAGUAAGUCCUGGGGUUUCACUGACGUGCCUCAGUUCCUUCGAAAUACACUUGGAGGUCACCAGGGUGCAUCACAGGUAACAAUGGUGCUGAAACUUUAAAAGGGCAUUUCGCGGGCGGAUGAGUGAUACUUGAAAUUCAGGAAAGAGAGGAAAAAUGGGGUAAUUGAUUCUUAGAGGAGUUAAAACACUGAAGUAUGGCCUUUAGGUUAAAAAAUGAAAACCCUCACUUAAAUCAGCAACGUGUUUGAGGGGAGACAGAUGCGUUAAGAGUCAGACAUUUAAGGCCUAAUUUUAUAGACAUAUAUAUAUGUAGAAACUGUAAGCCAGCGCGAGGACUAAUACCCGACGUAGUGAAUUACCUGCAGCGCCUGCCGUCUCUUGGCUGUAAUGAGCUUUGUGAACGUUGCAGUGAUAAGGCUUCUAUAAUUAGGCUUAGUCAUAAGCAUGCUCCCUGUAGUUCUGUGAUAAAAACCCAGUAGAACUCCGGUGCUGGUGUUCCGGCCCAUUUGUCUCACAAACACGCGCAGACGCAAACGCUGAGGAAAUCAAAAUGUGUGUCAAUGUGAAAUGUAAACACUGCUCUUUGUCUCAAGUAGUUAACCUGGUGUAGCUGCAUGUACUGGAUGUGUGUGUGUGUGUGUGUGUGUGUGUGUGUGUGUGUGUGUGUGGUUAUAUAGUCCAACGAUAUGUUUACACUGUGUGAAGAAGCAGUAGUUAUGUGUGUGUCCGUGCACGCGAGUGUGAGCGUGAGUGUGUGUGUGAGAGGUGUUGUGAGCUGCAGCAUAGGCUUCCUGUGAGGGAGCAGAUGUCGCAGAGCUCAGGCACAGCUGCGACGGGCGAUAACCACGGUGGCAAGAAUAUGUCGGCACGCUGGCUCUUCUCCCUGGGUCUUAUCAGCCGCACACAGCACACACACACACACACACACACACACACACACACACUCAUAUAGACACUCUACAAUAAGGAAAUAAGUAACAGCCACCCAGCACUAGCAUAUCCUCACAGCAGGGCCAGAUAGAGGGAGGAAGGCAAUGAGAGAUGGUGAGAGGAAGAAAAAGGAGCAAGGACUAAAUCAAGGGACUCUGAUGGAAAAGGUGCAGUGAAUCCCCAACAAAGCCCUGGCUCAUGUCUGCUGUAUCAUAGACUUCAUAAUUUGGUGCCAGUCCUAAUCCUCUGUAGCUAUGAAUAGGCUAUGCUUUACAGCUUUCUCUAACAAAAAAUAGGCAUGACACCAGUAAUGACUUGUAUAUACCUGCACAAUGGCAUAACUUCAACUAUAUCUUGAGUUUGUGAGACUUAACAAUCACACAAAUUACAAGAUCCAUUAUAUUAUUUUUUAAUUUGAGGCUUAAAGAUCUACCAGACUGUAGUUUAGUGAACAAACAGACAUGGUUUUAGAUUUAGCAGAUAAGUUGUAUCUCUUUCUUGACAUUUUCGAGCAGUUUUGCUCUGUCACCACAUAUCAGCAGUGAAGCUGCUGGACAGUGUCAUCACCGACAGGACGAUGGUGCAAAAGAUGUGCAGACAGGUUCAUUACACACAUGUAAUGAAAUGCUAAAACCGCACCAUUGAUGUGAAAGUGCAGCGUCCUGUUUUAAAACAUGCAUUGCUUAAUGACUACAUCACUGUAUCUGUGGCACAGAUCCAAGUGAAAACAUAAAAAGAAUAUCAUCGUAAAUGUGAGCAACCCGAGUUGAUGAUGAUGAUGAUGAUGAUGAUGAUGAUGAUGAUGAUGAUGCAAGAAUAGGGAGAGAAGAAAUGUGUAAAUAGUAAAAGAGGAAAAGAAAGUGAAGGGCACAUUUGAGAGGAGAGGCAAGGUGGUGAUGAGGUGUGUGUUUGUGUGUGUGUGUGAGAGAGCAAGAGAGAGAGAGAGAGAGAGAGAGAGAGAGAGAGAGAGAGAGAGAGAGAGAGAGAGGGAGAGAGAGAGAGCGCAGUUAUCCUCUCUAUUUCCUCAGCACCAGCUCUGUGGUUUCUAUGAGGAACAGAUGUUCACAACUUGAUACAGUGCCUCAUCCCCCUCUUCUCACUAUCUCCAAUGCCAGCACCACCAACUGUCUGCACACACGCACACACACACACACACACACACAGACACACACACACGCUCACACACAUUCAUGCAGAGCAGCGACUUUGUCAUGUGAGCGUAUGAGGGACGUAUUCACCUGCGGACUGAGGACUUUUUUAUUGUCCAUUUCCCUCUGUGCUCAGGCUGCAUAUCCUGCUCUUGAGUCAACACUUGAUGUAAUCAGGUGCCACUUCCUCCUCUGUCUGUUUGCACUUCUGUUGGUCAGCUGUGCUCUCAGACUCACUCUGGCCGGAGAAAACGCACUCUGUGCUGUAACAGAGUGCGUUUAAGUUUAAGUUCAAACAUUUGCUUAAUUGCUAAAAGUCUGGGUAGCUCCUCUCAUUGCUUCUAAAAUAGUCUCAUUUCUUAAUUGCAUGGAUUUCACAAGAUGUUGGAAACGGAAUUAAAAUAGAUAAAAAAGGAAUGAAGGCUACAGCAAGUGAAUUUUAAUGUAGGUAUUGCAAAAAGAUAGUAGGACAUGAAAUAGCAAUAGCUGUGCAUUGUCCACAGUGCUUUUAUCAAAGCUGUUCUGUGGCGAGACGGUGAGGGUGAGACGACCCUGGAAGUCAAGUAUUUCAAAGGCCAUUAUUCUUUCCAAAGACCACGGAUUGAAUUUUGAAUUCCCAUCAUGUCUGGAUGAUUCAAACAACUGACACUUUGCUGCUCAAUUGCAAACAAAAUGUCAACGGGUCUAUGGGAGCAAUUUGUAAAGGCAGCAUUCCAGCGUACGUGCUUGAGUGGGUGGGUCAAUGAUCCGUUACACCACGCCAUAUUACAGAAAGGCGCUCUCUCUCUCUCUCUGUCUCUCUCUCUCUCUCCGUCUCAUCCUCUUUCAUAACAUAAUGGUGCUCGGGGACAUACAGUACACACAUUAAAGAUGUUAACGCCCCAAAGUGAGAGAACAACAUCCUCUUGAACACAAUGAAAAAGACACGUGCGUAAAUAACCAAACACUUGGUGCGGGAGGAUGCACGUGAGUCCAAAAGGAAAUUUCUCAAACACAAACCCCGAUCAUCUCCAUCGACACUUAAAUCAGCUUAAGACAGCUCAGGUACUGUUUCUUUCUGUUUUAAUUGAGUGGGCUGUUCUCUUUGUCCCUUCGUGAGGCCUGGUGCCUGUGACGGUAAGUCCAUGGCAGUGUCGUCUGCUCACCGUGCGUGUGAGAGGAGAGGAGAGGAGAAUUGAGAAGAGCGCGUGAACACAAAGGGUCUAGCAUUCCUUUCACUCGGCUCAGGGCCUUAUCUCCUUUCAGCACACUAGCCUCUGACUGCCACUAUAGGAAAAGAUUUACAUUGUGCGAGGAGAGGAAAUGCUGCAAACUUUCUCUCUCUCUCUCUCUCUCUCUCUCUCUCUCUCUCUCUCUCUUUGCUCUGAUGCCGACAUGCACGCACGCAAACACGCACUGAAAUAGUCAUUUUGCACACCAGCACAAUGGCCGAUCCUGGUUCUUGUACCUCGGAGAUGCUGUCAAGAGAACAGAGUCGAGAGCCGGGUGUCGAUGGGGGUGUGGGGUGUUUGUCAGCUGACCAAAGGAGCAGACAGAGAGAUAGAGGAGUGUGCGAAAGAGAGGACAAAGCUGUUUUUCCGUCAUUAAGGCCAUCAAAGGGACUUCCAGUCGCAGUGUUAUGGGAGCGGGGAGUUCAUUGAGGCGAGCUCCCACCUUGUGCGCGUUCCAUUGUGCAGUUUAUCAGGCCGGCCACAUGGAGUGUCGGCACUAACCCAGUGACCGCGCAACAAAAGGCCAAAUUAAGAGGAGUGAGAGGCUGUCGCACGGGAAGGCUGACAGGUUGACUGACGCCAUUCCCGAGGAGAAUCGCAUCCUGUCAAUCUCGGAUCCGUCACCUUGACAGGAAUCCUUUCUUUGGAUGCAACCCCCAUCGCCAACCUUUCUGUCACUCAAGGCCACACACAACACACACACACACACAGACACACAGUGGCACGGUUCUUCCCUGUUCAGUAUUCUGCACAGGAAGACAAAUAAUCCACCUACAGUAAGAUACUAAGGAGACACACAUACAAUGAGAGGAGCAACCUCAGGCCAUAACUCUGAAAGAGAGAAAAAGAAAUAUAGAGAGUGGAUUUCAUUAACACUCCAUCCAUCUCCUUGACAACUGUACUUCCACCACGGUACGCUACACACUCUGCCUCUGACAGAGCCCGCCUGUAAUGGCCUGUGCAGCUGUUUAUAUAUGUAAACCUGAUGUAUUUCAUUGUGUGACUGUGUGUGACCGCGCUCACAGCAGCAGCAGCCUUACAUUGAAUUGAUGUACUGUAUUGUGUUUACAGCUAAAACUCUGGCGCUGGGCCUCAGGUCACCUGAAGUUAUUUCCUCCCACGGGCCAUGCAUGAAACCGAGAGCUGGGGUUUCCCCCUGUAAAAUUGUUUUCACAUAUUUAACCAGACCUGGAGCAUUUUUGUUAAAAGGUCCUCACAGCUCCAUCAGAAGGCUGCGUUCAUGUUCGAGGCUGGCGAGGCUGCGGAGAGUCGGGGACGAGCAGCUGUCUGUGUGUACUUUACAAGCUGGUCCUGUUUGUUCUGUAGACACAGGAGGGGUCAGGUGGGUGUCAGCUUUGUCUUCUGUCCCCCUCCAUGGUCAUGUGUGUGUGUGUGUGGGCGUGUGUGUGUGUCCGGCAGAGGGAGAAAGAGGGCAGGUGGGUGGGGCAGAGGGGCUAACAGACCAGUGUGGACAGGUGGAGGAUUCUCACCAUGGACGCACCAGAUACCUGCCUCGUUCUCAGCCUCUCUGUUUAUCUGUCUGCCUCACUUCUAAAGGUCAUUCUAGGGAACAUUAUUGUAAAUGCACCAAAGUCGGCCAAAAGUCUAUUUUUAUCUAUUGUGAAGCUGAAGCAAUUAGUAGAAAUAUUAAUUGAUCAAUACAAAUUAAUUUAACCUACAACGAAUCUGAAAAUCAAUUAAUUUUUAAACUGGUUUUGCUGAUAAAAAUGACCAAACAGCCGUAAGACAGUUUAAUAACAUUGUUAAUUGAACACCUUUGGCUUUGGGAUGGUAUAACAAAGCAAUUUAAAGACGCCCCCUCACUUAUUUUCCAGCAUUUUAUAAAGUAAGUCAUUAAUAAACUAAACCACAAAUAAUAUUGACUGAUAAAUAAAUAAAGAUAACAUGUUUUUAACUAUAAAAAGUAGCACAACACUAGGCUACUGUAUGAGCUGCUAAUUGAAACGUCAACAACCAGAAGCACAUAAAUACAAGCAGCGCGUAUGAAAAAGGAACAUUAAUCACUGUGAUAAUGGGACUAUUGACUCUGCAAGACAAACACUGUCUUCCAUCUAUUCAUAUCUUCCCAUCUUCACAUCACUCCACGCGGCUGACGAUUUAUGACAACAGCUGACAACACAAAAGAAAACUACACACUUUACGGGCUAUUCACUGUUUUACUGGUGAGUGUUCGCACACGCCGGCAGAGUGUGUUUUUUUUUUCAUUAAUUCUUCUUGUUGUGUGCAUUUUGUUUUCCUCAAGUGUUAUGAAUAAAAUAAAUAAAAUCUACAGUUUACAAUGGACUCACUGCUGCCUGCCCUUGUUGUCCUCGUCGGCCCUGAUAUGAGGAAACAGCGCCCCCCAUGGGCAGACAACGGGACAGUGACACUGAGAUCAUUGUAUUUUUUUGUAUUCGACUGGUUUGAAUUUACUGGACAUGAUCAAAUUAGGUUUAGGGCGAUAAUUUGAGAAAUGAAACAAAACAAAUUUACAUAAUUAAUAACAUUUAUAUGGGGAAUUUGAAGGCGUAUUAUAUUUACAGCCUAUAAAAAAGGAUUAUCAGUGCUAUGCACGUGUCAUUCUGUAAUAACAUAGAUGAUUGUAUUGAUAAUAAUAACUAAUGAACCAUUGUGGUGCUUUUGUACUUUUGAAUUGGGAUCUUCUUCAAUUUAAAACGGAUUCCUGCAUGUGUGGCUGCCAGCUCCUGCAUCUGAUGGUACCCGAGAGAGAGAGAGAGAGAGAGAGAGCGAGAGAGAGAGCGAGAGAGAGAGAGAGCGAGAGAGAGAGAGAGCGCGAGAGAGAGAGCGAGAGAGAGAGAGAGAGAGAGAGAGAGGUUAGGAGCUCCAGAUGGUGUUUAAACGCAGACAGAAGGCUACAGCGAGGACAGAGAGAGAGAGAGGAGGAGGAGGAGAGAGCCGUGGAUAGUGCGCACGGUGGCCCCGCCAGCUCUACUCAUCACUGAAGACAAAACAAGUCCCAGAAUUAAAACAAUUGAGAAAUCAGCGGAGGAGAAAACAUCAAAUCGGCCGAUUGUGAUUUUAUUUUGCGGGGAAAUAAAAAGAAAAGUGAGUCUUUUUUUCUCCAACACCGUCUGAAGUGUGAAGCCUCGGCGCAAGAUCGGCGCGUCGGAGCAGGAGCAGCAGGAGGAGGAGGACCGGCACCGGAGAACAGCUCGGAGACGCGUGGCGGAGGAAGAGGAGACUGUGAAGAAACUGUUUUUCUCAUCUUUAUUCCACAAAGGAGACGAAUCUACAUCCAUCUCGUCGGAUGCGACUUGCUCCUGACGCGCGGACUGUGGCUCAACUCAAGAGGACGGUUCGAAAGUUGUCACAGGAGGAAUAAAGACGCACCCUGCAGACAACAGGAUCCGCAUCUUUUUUUUUAUUACAUGGGAGCCAAGAGGAGUCGAUUUGUGGACAAAAUAUAACCCGGUUUAUAGUUUCGUCUGCGUAAAAACGAACCAAAAAGUGCGUUUUUUUUACGCAACGUUAAUUGCAUAUCCGCUGUUUUCAUUUAUUCCUUCUCUCCGGAUGGUGACAAUGAGCAAGAGAGAGGAUUUACAUGACUGGGGAGAGUUGUGAUUUAUUUUCCACACAUCACCAAACACGAGACUGCAAAACCAAAGACAACAAGGAUCCAACAGCCCUGCAUAGUUUUCUUUUUUUUUUCUUCUCUUUCCAUAAAACCCGAGAAGAGAAACACCUCAUAAUUUAUUAAACCUGGAAAGUCAAGAGACCUUGUGAACUUCCAAAGGAAACAUAAACCUUUCUCUUUUGAGUCACCUCCUUCCUUCUUCCCAAUAUCUCAAAAACAAACAACUAAACAAGGGAAUAGUUAUCCACACUAUUUACCAAAACGCUUUAUCCCCUCUUUUCCCCAAAAAUAAUGAGGAUUAAGACGAUAUAAAAGGUGUUUCAGAGACUCUCUGGUGUGGAUUAUCACCGCUACCUCAGCUUGACUUCGACCUUCACAAAGUAGCAGAGUGCAGAAGGUUGGAACAAUGCCAGAUUCACCUGCGGAUGUGAAAACCCAGCCCAGGUCCACCCCACCCACCAUGCCUCCACCACCCCCGGCUGUCAGCCAAGCAACCAAUCGCAGCGCUUCGUUCACCCCCACCACCAGUAAAUCAAUGCUGAACGGAAGCAGCCACUCUCCCACAUCGCUGAAUGGUGCUCCGUCCACGCCCAACGGCUUCAGCAACGGGCCGGCCAUGUCCUCCACGGCCUCGCUGUCCAACCAGCAGCUCCCGCCGGCCUGCGGCGCCCGGCAGCUCUGCAAGCUGAAGCGCUUCCUCACCACGCUGCAGCAGUUUGGCAACGACAUAUCGCCCGAGAUCGGAGAGAGAGUGCGCAGCCUGGUGUUGGGACUGGUGAACUCAACCCUCACCAUCGAAGAGUUUCACUCCAAACUCCACGAGGCCACCAACUUUCCUCUGAGGCCAUUCGUCAUUCCCUUCCUGAAGGCAAACCUGCCCCUGCUGCAGAGAGAGUUGCUCCACUGUGCCAGGUUAGCCAAGCAGACUCCAGCCCAGUAUCUGGCCCAGCACGAGCAGCUUCUCCUGGACGCCAAUGCCAGCUCGCCGCUCGACUCCUCCGAGAUCAUGCUGGAGAUGAACGAACACGGCAAGAGGAGGACCCCCGACAGGACCAAAGACAGCUCAGAGAGGGACGGCAUGCACCCAGAGCACCUCGCUAAGAGGCCCUGCACCAUCAGCCCCAGCCAACGCUUCAGCCCCAGCACGGGCCUUCCUGCUCACCCGCCUCCCAACGGCCUCCCCUCGCACCCUCCCAAUGGCCUGCCCCACCCGCCCAACCCCCAAAUGGGACCCCAGCACUACCGCCUAGAAGACAUGGCCCUGGCGCACCAGUACAGAGACGCCUACAGACACAACGAGCACCGCGACGCUCGAGACAGGCAUCGGCAGACAGCAGUGCACGGCGCUCGCCAAGAGGAGGUGAUCGACCACCGCCUGACAGACAGAGAGUGGGCAGAGGAAUGGAAGCACCUUGAUAAUCUCCUGAACUGCAUCAUGGACAUGGUGGAGAAGACGCGCCGCUCGCUGACGGUGCUGCGCCGCUGCCAGGAGGCCGACCGGGAGGAGAUGAACCACUGGAUUCGGCGGUACAGCGACGUGGAGGAGAUGAAAAAAGGUGGGAGCAACGGACAACACUGCCUUCCUCCUCCUCCUCUUCCUCCUCCUCCUCCUCACCACAACUCCUCCUCCAACACAGCUAGCGGCAGCGAGCCACUGCCCAUAGGAACUCCCUCAGCUGUCGAAAGGCAGACGGGCAGACAGACAGAGAUCCACCGAGACUUCUUACACAGGCCUCCCUCAGGAUACCUGCCAGAGGAAAUCUGGAGGAAAGCCGGAACUACAAGCAUCCCGCUCUCCCCAGCACUAAAGCACCUCCAAAACAAGCAGGAGGAGGCCGUGAAUGAGGUGAAGCGACAGGCGAUGUCAGAGCUGCAGAAAGCGGUGUCGGACGCCGAGAGGAAGGCUCAUGAGAUGAUUUCAGCCGAGCGCUCUAAAAUGGAGAGGGCGCUGGCCGAGGCCAAGAGGCAAGCCUCCGAGGAUGCAAUCACAGUCAUCAACCAACAGGAGGACUCCAGUGAAAGCUGCUGGAACUGCGGGAGAAAAGCCAGUGAGACGUGCAGCGGCUGCAACACGGCUCGCUACUGCGGCUCCUUCUGCCAACACAAAGACUGGGAGAAGCACCACCACGUCUGCGGUCAAGGCCUGCAGGGGCUGCCAGGGGGCAGCAGCGUCCCCCUCGGCACUCCCUCCUCCGGCUCCUCGGCAUCCUCCGGUGCACCCCCCACCCACUCGGUGGGCACCCCGCCAGGACCCCUGUCCCUGGCCGGCCAGAGCAGCAUUGCGGGAGGGGCGGGCAGCGGCGGCGGCAGCGUCUCUGCCAGCCCCAAGGAGAGCAGUUCCAGCAGUGCCUCUCGCUCCACAACUCCAGCCACCCCCGCCCUCCUGGAGGCCACCUCUCGCUGACGCCUGACCCUCGCCCCCCCCCUCCCCCUGCAUACUGAUGCGACAGUGCCCACACUCCACACAAAAACCAAACUGAGGAAUCUUCAUUGCACACCGAUCCCUUUCCUCCUCCCCCGCUUCCCUCUAAGCUCUUCUGAAAAUCGUCUCACUACCUGAUGACAGACUCAACUUGUAACCUUCCCCCCACCCCAAAAAAAAAAAUACUCUUUCUCUUUUUCCCAACCACAUUCAAAGAUUCCAGCCUGGGGUUCAGUGUAGUGUAAAGCAUGAAUAGUGCAGUGUCUCCUAUCUCUGUAACAGAAACAUAUCAGAUGGGUUUGCUGAGAACAUGAACUUGGAUGUAAUGUAAGCAUGGGAAACAGUGUCCAUGUAAGGACACAAGACAAGGGCUGCAACAUCGACUGGGGGAUGACUAAGCCGAUUAGCACUUGGGUAGGAUUUCCCUUUAAUUAAGUACCAAUGAGAGAGCAGUACCCAGCCCUGAGAUGUGCACUACUAGUCCAGACAGUUCACUGAGGUGGCACUUUUCCUCCAGUGUCCUAAUGGAAACAGGCGAGGAACAUAAUACCUUUUUUUUUCAAAUGGAUGAUGGGAAGGGGAAAAAAAACCUGUGAUGCGAUUCAUUUCUCAGAAACACAGCUUAGUAUUUAUUAAAUGUUUCUUUCUGGCUUUAAGGGGAAAAAUAAAGAGAAAAGUCCAAAUAUUCUAACUAAAGAAUAACAGUGAUGCUGAUGCUAACAAUAAUGAUAUGAGAAUAAAUUAAUUUUAAAACUGCUAACUACCUUGCUAGCGAGCCAAGAAAAUCUAAACCGGACUCACCUCUCUGCACCAUUGUGAACCCAAAUGAAUUCAAAGAUGAAAAAACCAACAUGAUCCAAACCUUUGUAUUACACUGCCAAAGUGAGUAAGUAAGCGAUAAGGAGAAGCACUCAUAACCAAACGCAAAGCAACAUCACCUCCUCAGCAGAUAAGCCAGCCCUGAGAGGACCAGGCUGCAGAGGAGCUGCAGAGCGGGACCCAGAGAUAGACAUAAAAAAAAAAAAAAGAAAAAAAAAAACUGUGACUUGGUUUGAUCUGCAGCCGCCUCCUGCAGCCCCGACAAAAAGACAGUGAUUCCUCAGCGAUGGCCCCGACUAGUGAACAUGGACAAUGCUGUGAACUUGCCCACAAGAGAAAGACUUCAUGAGACGAAUAGAAAACCCUGCCACAGUGUGAUUCUUUUUGUGAACGGUGACAGAGAGGACAGGAGAAGCUACACGGCCUCAGAGGAGCCGGGAAAACCUCAAGACAAGAUUGAAAAACAUUUUCCGAGAACGCAUGGCAUACAUCAGAGACGAAUGGGAAGAUUGUUUCUAUAUGUUUGUGUUUUUUUUUUGAUAUUUCAAAAGGAAUUGCUGUUUCCUUUACAUUCGCUUCCUCCGUUUCCAAAGCAUGAUAAACAGACAAACGAGCCGAGUAAAAGGGUGGUGUAGACCUGGUUACCCUUUCUCUUUCUACCUCCCCUCACCCCACACCUCCCCUGCUAUCCUCCCCCCCCCCCCCCCCCCCGACUACUUGACUCACGUUUGCUCCCUAACCACACAGCCUGCUUCGGACGGAGCCUCCGAGCAGCCGCAUUGGGAAGGGUUCAAACCUGCUUGUAGAUAUUGUUCCUCUUUCCAUAUUUUGAUAAUGUCUCUAGUCGCUGAUUGUCCACAUGUGCUGCCCUCGUGUGUGUCCAGAAAGAUGGACUUUGUGUCGGUUUCCGUUUUUCUUUUUUUGUCAUUUUCCUCCUUUGAGUUCGGGCCGAGCAGUGAAGUCAGAGCAAGGACACUUGUUUACGAAAGGAAGUCCCCCAUUGUACUUAUUGUUUGAUUUCUUGUAUCUAUAUUGACGAGAUGAAACCCCCUCUUGUAGAAUAUUUUGUAUUGCUCGCAUUGUAAGACAGUGAGAGGACGGAGGUGCAAUAUGAAGAGAAUUCAGCUACUGAAUGGAACCUCAGCAACUGCCCAUAGGGUGUCAUAUAAUAUAGAUACAUAUAAAUAUAUUUAAAGUAACAUCAGUAACUUAAUGUGAAUGUACAUAGUAUUUAAAGAGGUCCAAAAAUGUGUUUGCCAAAUAACAGAAACCUUUAAAGUUUAAUGUCCAGAA